AUGAAUGCAUUUUUUGAUGGGUAUGUUCAUGCGAAGACAAAAUUGAAGGAGUUCGUCGACCAAUAUGACAAUGCAUUGAGAAAGAAAAUCGAGAAUGAAAUCAGCACGGACUUCCACUCCUUUAGCGUUACAAUUCCAUGCAUAUCUAGAUCUCCUAUAGAGAAGAUAUUCCAAGAGUUGUACACGAAUGCAAAAUUUAGAGAAGUUCAGCAACAAGUUAUGGGUGUGCUCGAUGUGGAUCCAUAUCUACUUAGACGGGAUGAUGUGAAGAAGACAUAUCUAGUAGAAGAUGAAGUUCGUGUUGAGGAGUUUUGUAAACAUGUUACAUAUUAUGUGGACUUUAAUGAGGAAGACUGCGAAGUUAAGUGUUCGUGUGGGUUAUUUCAGAUGAAGGGGAUAUUAUGCAAGCAUGUCUUGGCCAUAUUCAAAUGUAAUGGGAUAAAAUCUUUACCAGCGAGGUACAUUUUAGAUCGAUGGAGGAAAGACAUCAAACGGAGAUACACUUUAAUCCACAGUACAUAUGACUCAGGGCAUCAGCGAGAAGAUACUAACAGAUAUUCAACUUUAUUGAAUAUUUGUUAUCAGAUGAUUACUCGUGCAGCGGGUUCAAAAGAGCAUACUAAAGAUGCGAAAAAAAAGUUAAAUGCAAUGAUUGAGUUAUAUGGCGACAACCAAGAACCCCCUUCAAUGACCAAAAUAGGGGAGGAGACAACCAUCGUUGGUAGUUCGCAACAAGUUAUUAGUCCACGAGUUGUGCGAGGAAAAGGUAGACCUCCAUCCCUGAGGAGAGCAUCCAGGAUGGAGCAACACAUCCGGAAAGGAAAAGCGAAGACGAAGAAAGCAAAUUUAUUGGGAAAACUUAAAGAGAGAGAUGGAGGAUGUACGCCAGCCCAAGACACAUGUAGGAAUUUAUUUGGGCCAGCAGAGAUAGAUAGAAACAUGCAGAUACUAUUUGGGUUGGAUGGAUCACAACCUGUACUAGAAGGAUUGGAUGGAUCACAACUGCAGAAAUGA